UACUUGUCUGUUAGAAAAUAAUUAAACACAAGAAUCUGGGUGAAAACAAAGAUGUAACGGUCAAAAAUAAUUACCAGACCGCAUCUAGUAGGCAAUUUAUGUAUACCGACCUUUAAACUUUGCACACAAUAAGAUAUUCAAUGAGAUAUGUGUUGAAUAUAUUUCGUGGGUUAUAAGCGUUUAUCGAUUGCGUGCGCACUGAACUGUUAUCCGCACAAGGAAGUAUAUCAACUGCCAAUAAAAUUCAAAACGAGUUUAAACACAUAGAAACAGUAACACACGAUGGAGAAAAGUUUGCUAAACAGAGAUAGGUACUGUUCUUGUUCUUUACAGAUUUGAGUUCAGAAAAUAGAUAAAGAAUGGCGAGUAUAGACACUGAAUGUAAGAUGACAAAUCUGCCAUUUGCUAUAGCUCGUCUUUUAGUGUAUGUUAAAAAAAACAAGAAUCCUUGUUUUUCGGAUAUAGACUUUCUGACAGAAGAUAUAAAUAAAGAAAUGAAGAAAGAAAAGAUAAAGAAAGAAAGCCAUUAUCAAAAAUUCAAAGAAAUGACGGAUGAUUUGGAUAACGUCAAGUUCCAGCUGCAUAUUGUUUCAAAGAGUAAAGAAGAUUUAAAAUUAGAAUUACUCGAUGUCAGGCAUAAGUAUUUUACGCAUGAAAAGAAAUAUGAGAGUAUUGUUGAAGAAAAUACAAGACUAAAUGAGAUGGCCGAGCAACUUGAAAUAAAGAAUUCUGUUCUUGAGGAUAGACAUAUUAAAAAAAUCGAAAAGCUUGCACAAACCAAAGAGAAAGAAAUUCAAUUUCAUACCACAGAGCGCACGCGUUUAAAAUCAUACAUAUCUGAUUUGGAGAUUAGGACAACGAAUUAUCAAGAUAAAUUAAUUGCAAUGGAGCUGAAACUUGAAAGAGAGGUUCAAGAAAAGGAAAGAAAAAUGCAUCAAUUAAAAGUACACCUUCAGGAAAAAAUGAAACUGAUAACGCAAAAAGAUGAAGUAAUCACUUCAAACGAAAGAAAGAUAAUAGACCUGUGUGCAGAGAUAGAUCACCUUGGUGAAAAAAUAAAAGACAUGGAGAUUAAAAAUAAUUUUUCGAUAGAAAAAGAACAUGAAAUAAGUCAAAUUAGAGAAGGAAAACAAAUAUUAGAAAGGCAAAAGGAAGAACUAUUUGGUGAAAUGGAAGAAGUAGUUCAAACACUUUGUGAAACAGAUGCGAUAUUGGAUGCAGUUUUAUCAUCUCUGAAGAUAGACACAGUUUCUUUGACCACACAUGAGGAAAAUUACUGUAAAAGAUAUAAAUCUGACUUGAAAGCGGUUGCAUAUUCUGUAAAGAAUAAAAUAAAUCAUCUGCAAGGCAAUAUUUACGGCCUAAAUAUCAAAAUGAAUAGCCAUGAAGACACCAACAUGUGUGACACAAGUCAUUGCCCCAUGAAUAAUAGUUAUAGUAUGAGUAAAGAAAACGUAAGUGAACAUGUAAACUACAUGAAACAACCCGUUGAAACACACGCAGAAUUGAAUGAACUACAUGAUUUGCUCAACAAAAAAGAGCAUGAGCUGAGCAAACUAACCGACGAUAAAAUUUGUCUACAAAAAACAAACGAGCAAAAUGAAAUACUUUUGCAACAGUUGCGGGAAAAUUUAAACAAUAUACAAAAAAAAUAUCAAGACAAAGAUGAAAAGAUUAAUUCAACAGAAAAGAUGAAUGCUGAUCUUGCAAAAGAUUGUGAUAAUCUAAGAGAUAGAUUAAAGGAGAACGAGAUGUAUAUAUCACAACUUAAGGAGGACAUCAAUGAAAAUCGCACUAACUUCGAAGAAAAGGAAUCAAACUAUCAGCAUGAUUUGACACAACUAAGAACGGAAUUGAGAGAAAUGGAUGUGCAAUUGUCUCGCUUAAAUGAUCACCUUAUUGAAGGAGAGUCAGCAAAAACAGAACAUAUUCUUCACGUACAAGAAUUGCUGAACUAUAAAGACAGAUAUAUUGAAUCAGAGGAACAAUUAAAAAGCAUCCAGAAUAAACACUGUCAGCUUAAAACAAUACAUAAAGAGUUAGAGAAUGAACUAAAGAAAAAAGAAGACGAACUAAAUAAACGGGUGACGGAACGUGAUCAAAUAUUUAAUAAAAUUAAGGAAUCUGACGAACAAGUCAAUUUGAUGCAGAAGAAGAUUCAGGAGUUGGAAAGAGUUGCUGUGAAAAAUAACCAGACCAAAACCGAUAUAGAAAGACAGCUUGAGGAUCUAAACGAACGCCACACUAUUCUUUUAUCCGAGAAAGAUAGAAAUAUAUCUAAACUGAAUGAAACAAUGGUUUUGUCUAAUCGAACAAUUUCCGAUCUAAAAGAAACCGAAAAGUCACUUAAAUUAGAUCAGAAGAAUAAAGAAGAACACGUAUCUAUGUUAAAUGACAAAUUAAAGCAAUGCACAAAUCUGGUUAAUAAAAAUGAGUCAAAAGUUCGAGACAUGGAAAAAACUCUACAGACAGAAAAAAAUGAGUUUGAAAAUAAAUUACAGUUUUAUGAGAAAGAAAUUGCCAAGAAAGACAAAAUGGUUGUCGAAAUCAACGAUAGAAUAGGUCAAAUGGAAUCACACGCAAUAGCUUUAGGAAAGAAAGUGAAGGAAAGAGAUGCCAAAAUAGAUGCACUUAAUGCACAGCUCCAACAAAUACAAAAUCACCAAGAUGAAUCUCAGAAAAAUCUCGAAAACAUCAUCAAUUCCAAAAAGAAAUUUAUACUUAAUCUCCAAAAAGACGUUGAACAGCGCGACUCUAAAAUUAUUAGUCUGGAGAAAAAAAUCGCACAGGAAUCAUUAAAAAAUCGUCCUGGAGGAGAACACAAAAUUGAUGCUGCAGUGACAAAUGAGAUCAAGGAGCUGAAAAGACAAUUAAAACUUACAAUGUCAAAACUACAUGACACUGAAGCUGAACUGGAUGACACUAAGACUAGACUUAGUAAAGCCAUGGGGGACCGUUUGACAGAUAACAAUCCAAAUAUAACCGACCUAAGCGACAGGAAUCGUCCAACGAAACUUGCUGAGAAAUGUGCAGAGUUGUAUGAUAAUCAAUGGACGGAUGCAUUUGAAAUUCUGGAAACAUAUUUUCCAAAUGAUGAGGCUGUAAUCGAAGCUUUAUUACAUAUCUUACAGGUAACAAUGACCUUCUGUCAAAACAAGGCGCAGUACCAGAUGGACGAAUUAGGGAGGACUUUGACUUUUGCAGACAAAAAUGCAAAUGCUGAUCUGUCACUCGGUGUGUAUAAACAGUUGAAAGAUACUAGAAAAGCCUCGGCGUUAUCAGCAGUAGAAAACUUGCGCAAGGUAAGUUUAUCAGGGAUAAACGGCUCAAGAGCUCUGAAAAAAAGGGAUUUUACCUUUGAAUGCCUUGAAAUGUGCUGGUUAAUGAUGGUAAAUGAUCCUCCUGUUGCAUUUGCUCCUUUGAUUGCAAAGGGUACACACUUCAACUCAGAUUUAUACAAACCGUACACAUAUAGUGGCACACACGUCGAAUAUGUUGUAUGGCCUGCUUUGCUGUUACAUGAAGGUGGUCCAAUUUUGGCAAAAGGUGUAGCUCAAGGAAUCAACAAAUCAAAGAAAAGAACAUAGCAUGAGAAAUUCAUGCUCAACAAACAAUUUUAAAAUGUUCAAAAUAAGUAAAUUUUGAUUAAAGUACAGUUUAAGUACUAAACGAAAUAUAUGCUAAACAAACAAUAUUGGAAUGUUCAAGAUUUAGUUAAGUUAUAAUAACUGAAAAGCAUGCCAAACGAACAAUAUUUCAAUAUUUUAAUGUUCAAAUGUUCAAAAUUAAGUACACCGUAUAACCAGAGAUCACGUGAACUGAUAUAUAAUAUAAAAUAGGUAUAAUCAAAUAAUUACAUGUAUGUCAAAUUGAU